AUGUCGGACGAAGCAUCACCCUUACCAUCACGUCGUAGUCAUUCAUCACAUUCAUCUCGAGGAGAGAGAGGUGAAGAAGAUAAGAUGAGUUCAAAGCUAGAUAGUGAGCUACAAGAUGACAAGGAACAGGGUCAUCAUACUAGUCGUUCACCUGUUCGUUCAAGUUCGAAAGAGAUUGAAAAAAAUGUGGCAAAUCCAGGAAAUAAUUUGUAUGUAGCAAAUUUAGCCACACGUACAAGUCAAUCAGAAUUACAAGAGCUUUUUGAAAAGUAUGGACGUGUGAACAAGUGUCAAGUGAUUGUAGACCCCGUGACACGUGAAUCCAGAGGGUUUGGGUUUGUCACGUAUGAAGAUGUACGUGAUGCUGAGGAUGCAGUCAAGGAAUUAAAUGACCAAGAGGUUCAAGGUCGUAAAAUUAGGGUCGAACAUGCGAAACGAAAGCGUGGACAUGAAAAAACACCUGGACAAUAUCUUGGACCGAAACUUGCUAGUGCAAAGUACGGUGGACGUAAUCGUCAUAACAGAGAUCGCAGUCGAGACAGAGGACGACGAAGUCGUAGUCGCGACCGCGGUGGAUUUUCGCGUCGCCAUGAUGAUAGAGAACGACGUCGCUAUGAUGACCGAGGAUGCGGCCGCUACGAUGACCGCGAUCGUGGUCGUGGAGGCUAUGACCGUGAUACGAACGAUGACCGACGACGUCGUUAG